CGGAAGUGACAGCAGCUUUACUGGUGACGUCACGUCGAACUAUACACUCAGGAAACAAAACUAAUGUGGCGUACUUCCUCUGUCAUAUGAAGUUUUGAUUGCCUUUAUUUGGAGUGGGGAAUGAGAGACUAAAAUAUUAAUGGUAUGUGACGGGCUUUGCUCAUUUCGCGUCGUCUUCUCCCGUAUUUUGCUCAGUCAGAGCUCUCCUGCUCGUCUUUUCAGCCAGUUGGCGCCGGGCCGGCCUCGAUUGGUUCGUCUGUGUUGGAUGGGAUCUGUAAACCAUUGUUUGGAAGUACUGUCAAAGGAUUGGAUUCUGUACAAAAAUGCAGCAAUCAGACAAUGUUUGCGAAGAGGAUGCGAUGGUGGAUGUUCAAUUUAAUGCUUUACCCAAUGCUCUGGUUGCAUACAAAGUGCCAGGAGACUUAUUUAACUGUGGACAUCUGAAGGCUAACUUUGAGGCUUUAUUCCAUUCUUUUGAUCCUGAAGUUCAGUUCCAGUACUUCAAAUCCUUCCGUCGGAUCAGAAUGAAUUUCAGCAACACUUUGGCUGCGGCCAAAGCAAGACUACAACUUCACAAAACAGAUUUCCACGGCAAAGAAAUGCACCUCUAUUUUGCCCAGUCUGUCCAUAUUGGGAGUCCUCGACUCGAGCCUCCAAAGCCAGAUAAGCAAUUUCUGAUCUCGCCACCCGCCUCACCUCCAGUCGGCUGGGAGCAGUCUCAGGACACCAUGCCUGUCAUCAACUACGACCUGCUGUGUGCAAUCUCAAAGCUAGGACCAAGUGACAAGUACGAGCUCCACACAGCUACACCCACAACUCCCAGCGUUGUUGUCCAUGUUUGCAAAGAGGAGCUUUGUGACAGCUCAGCUCAGGAUGACAGUGACCCAAACAAGCAACAGCCCUCACGGCCCAAGAUCAUCCAGACGCGCCGGCCUGACUAUACAUCCAAUGUCAAGCACUGAACAUUUCUGGGUUAGAGCGGCAAAAUAUCCUUGUGAUGUAAUUGUUGCAGAGCAGAAGAUGUUCUCUCAGAGGUUCAAAGGUUUGGGGAUGGAAGGCACCUUAGAGUUGCUGCAUUUUUCUGUUGCCAAGUCUGUUUUAGGAGGCAACCCAAGAAUCAGAUGUUACGUUUGUGUCCUGUGGGUUCAGUGUUCAGUUUAGUUAACAAAUUAUAUGUACCGCUAAUCAUUUUGAGGUUUAGGGGUGGAGUACCAGUUUUGAUUGUGUAAAAUAAUAUGUAGAUUAUGUUCAUGCUUGUCUUUAUUUUUUACUGUUUUUAUGGAUUCAUUAAAUAGUUACGUUUGUGUGCUAUUACAAUGUGUUCAUGAGAAAGAGCUUGUAACAGACAAGAUCCACACACAACAUGAGUUCACAACAUCAUUCUUGCAAACUUUACUCACAUCUUGGGUGGAAAAAGCGAAGUGUGUGACUGUUCAAUAAAAUACAAUAGCUACAUAUUAUGCAUGCAUGUCAGAUUUCCAUAGUUGCUAUUUCAGAGGUUGUGUGUGUGUGGUAAUACAUCUUUACCACUGUAACUGUGUGAUGUGGUGUACAGUAUGUAUUGUCCCCAUGUGUACUGCUUUACAUUGUAAUACUGCGCCAAAAUGAGUACCGAAUGUUAAGUGUUCUUCCUGUUGUCAAUUCUACAUGUUAAAUGACAUGGAAAUAUGUUUCUCUGUCAUUUUCUAGUAAUUUGAAAAGGAAGAGUUAGCACUGUAUUGAGAUUCAUUCAUUUUUAGAACUGCCCAUUUUUCAAUAACAGACAGCCUUCUGUUUUACACUCUGACAAGGUAACGCAGUAUACAGAGUUAUAAAAUGUCUAUUAUAUAUUAUUCUGAUGUAGAGACAACUACAAGAUGCUGUUGCUGAGCAAAGGUGCCAUUAAAAGAAGGGAACUACUAUAAUGUGUGUUAAUACAUUGCAGCAUGAUACAUUUCAUGGCCAUCCCAAGGUCAAGUUCUUGUUUGAAUUUUUACAUACACUAAUCAUUGGCAUGUUAAUUUUGGAGCAGAUUUUUAAAAUUUUUGUGUUUUUGCUGUCACACUCUCAUACUGAUCACUGGAAGUUCAACAUGCCACUUAACGGCAAAGAACUCUCAGGAUAAAAAAAACUAAAUUGUUACUCUGUUAAUGGCUGUUGAGACAUUGACUCCUUUGAAGGUUUUUUUUUAAUGUUAAUCCAGGUUGCUCAUUAAGGGACUUAUUCUCCCAUUUUCUAAACCAUUUAAUUGUUUUUCUGUAUGUUAGGAGUUAAGCACAUUUCCCUGAUUUGUAUUCUCUCAUCCAGACUCCUGACACGGCCAUCGUGCGGAAGCUGCGAAUUAAGUCGGGCACGCAUACACAUGGAAAUAUAUUGAAGCUGGCAAAAUUAUUUAGUUCAUUUGCAUUUAUUGUGUGGUUAAUUAAUUUAUUAUAUUCCCAGGCCUAUAGUGCCAACUAGGCCCACUUCUUCUAAACAAGAAAUCUUGUCAAGUUUUAAUCUCGCAAGAUCAUGUGACAUCCAUCCACCCGUUUUCUCAUUAGGGUCGGGGUCGGGGGGGUAUGCUGGAGCCUAUCCCAGCAGACUUUGGGCUGGUCGCCAGCCAUUCUUAGGGCACAUAUAGACAACCAACCAUUCACACUCACAUCCAUACCUAUGAACAAUUUAAGUCGCCAAUUCACCUAAGAUGCAUGUUUUUGGAAUGUGGGAGGAAACCGGAGUACCUGGAGAAAACCCAAGCACGCACCGGGAGAACAUGCAAACUCCACACAGAGAUGACCAAGCGGAGAUUUUAAACCCAGGUCUUCCCGAUCUCCUGACUGUGUGGCCAACAUGCUAUUUAACAUCCUAUUUAAUAUACAGUGGUGUGGGGAAAAGUGUUUGCCCCUUUCUGAUUUCUUAUAUCUCUGCACGUUUGUCACACUAAAACAUUUCAGAUCAUUAAACAAAUUUAAAUACCAGUCAAACCUGUCUUAGCGGCCACCUGUCUAUAACGGCCACCUGCCUAUAGCGGCCACUGAAAAAUCCCCCGCAGAAAAUUUGCAUGUUAUAGACCCUGUGUAUAACAGUCACCUGUCUACCGCGGCCAGCGGUCACCCAUUUUGUAUCCCUUGGCCAAUAUCUGACCGCAUAUAGCGACCAAAAUACGACUCAAGCAGAAGCUUCAUGUGACGGUCACCUGCUGCUGCGCCCCGUUUUGUCGCUCUUUCUCUCUCUCUCUCCCACAGCUGGGCGUGCAGCAGGAGCAGGGACAACUGGACACACCAGCAGCUAAUUAAUCCUUCCCCUACUUAACACAAAGUAGGGGCAGCUGUGAGACGCCGGUUCCUUCCAUGACAACUCAGUCUACGCACUCGCGGAUCACCAAAUCGUUCAAGCCCUUCCAGAUUCGGCGUCUCCACAGCCGGGUGUUCCAGUUGUCCCUUGACCUAGCCGUUUGCAAAUUCUCUUGUGUUUUUUAAUCUUUUACUCGUGGGCUCCACAAGCUCCACAGUUCACUCUUGUGAUUGCCUCCACACUGAAAAGCAAUUAAAGAACUGCCAUCCACUUACCUUGCUU